CGUGUACAAAGCUUUAAUCGCAAAGCAUCACGGGAUAUCAUGACGUAAUGACUAUGUUCGCCGCCAUUUUCCUUGUGCGAACGCCAAGGGGUGCACGUUGUUUCCCUACUCCUUAUUUUUUCGGAUUUUCUUUCGGCGUUAUGCCCAAAAAGAAGGAUAAAACGAAGUCUUCUGCCCACGGGGGCGAUUCAGGUAGCCUUUCGGAGGACCAGACAGGUCGGAAUGGCAAGAGAAGUGGUCAGUUUCCCAACGCUAGGCAGGCAAAAUUCCUUGCCGUGGAAAAGACAGGCGUGCCUGUACUUGCCUCCGGACAGGAGGAAGAGGAGUCGGGUGAACGAAAAGUCCCCGCUCCUACAGCUGGAGGUUCGGAGGGAAAAGAGAAGAACCCCAACCUCAUUCCGCCGCUAGUGGAGCGAAAUGCCCCUUCGGCGUUGGCACUGGGAAAAUCGGCCAAGGAAGGAGACGGCGCGGAGCUGCCCCGGCCCAAAAUUCCUCCGGGCUCGGAGGAGUUGGGCUCCCCGACCAUGCCGAAGCUUGGUCGGGAAAAGUCUCCUCCACCCCCACCUCCACCAGGAACACCCUUCCCGCCUGGAUUCGACGCUGCCUCUUUUCUUCAGUGGGUCAGUUCCAGCCUGGGACUUCCUCAGGCGUCCAGUUCAUCCCGCCAACCUCGGGACGUUGACGGGGCGGUAGCGUCGACCAGCCGAGCCGGCGUAGUCGGUUCCGGGCGCAAGCAUCCAGGUUCGGAAGUGGAAGAGUGUUCGGAGGAGGGGGAAAUCACCAUUUCGGACUCUGAAGAGUCUGAUGAAGGUACUAGUAACUCCUUGUCAUUCGAUAAUCCUUACGAUAAGAAAGGGAAAGAAUCUGAACUUCCCGAGCAAGUCGCUACAUUUUUGACCGAGGUCUUUACUCAUAAAUUAACGUAUGCGGAGUUCAAGGAGAGGAAGGAAGCUUUUCCAACUCCACCUAGCGUGGAGUUAGCGCUUCGGGCACCCAUUCUAGACCCAGUAGUGGCGAAUAUGAUUAAGAACGACACCGUCAACACGGAUAAGAAUUUUAGUGAUUGUCAGGAUAAGAUGCUCAUGGCUGCUAACCCUCUGGUGGAGCUUUUAGCGGCAGUUAAGGGUUCGGACCAUCCCCUGAACCCAAAUGCUGUGUGUAAAGCGAUAGAAUCGUCCUUGGUCUUUUUGGGUUCAGCUUCCUCUACUAUGACUCAGUACAGAAGGGAAUUGUGCGGCAGGGACAUGAAACAGGAUAUGAAGCAUGUUUUCAAGACCGACUUGCCCACUGGUUCUUCCAAAUACUUGUUUGGAGACACCUUUUUGGAGAAGGUUAAUACAGCCGAUCAGGCUAGACGCACCUUGAGUAAGGCUUAUAAGCCAGCCCCUUCGAGUACUUCUAGGGCUAGGGACAGGUUUCAGUCCAACCGCUCGAAGUUUAACAACAACAACAACUACAACAAUGCUAGACCAUGGUCAAAUGCCGGGGGUAAGAAAACCUCGGGGUUUCGUUCAGCGCAGGGCACAAAAGGCCCAAACAAACAGUAGCUCUUCCUCGUCAUCAGACUCUGCUCUGUUCUCCGGUUCAGCACGCAGGGCGAACAGCUUUUUUCAUGAAAAACUGGGAAAGGAUUUCAACAGACAGAUGGCUUUUGCAAACAGUUCGGGGUUACCGUAUAGAAUGGGAGUCCACUCCAGUUCAGUUCGUUCAGCCGGUCACAAAUAUAUCUGGGGAGGACAGAGCAAAGGUUGUAGACGAGGAAGUGCACAGUAUGUUGGAGAAAGGUGCAGUGGUCCAGGUGGAGCCCUGCGAGGGCCAAUAUGUUUCUACGAUUUUCCUAGUCCCGAAAGCUCGGGGAGGCUGGAGACCGGUUAUAAACCUAAAGUCUUUAAACAAGUUUGUUCUGAAACGUACUUGCAAGUUCGAAGGGAUAAACCUAGUCAAAGAGUUGUGGAAAAAAGGAGAUUUUCUAGCAACUAUAGAUCUAAAGGAUGCGUACUUUACCAUCCCAAUAGCUCAGAGCGAUCGAAAAUUCCUUCGUUUUUCGUGGAGAGGAGUU